ACUGACGCCUGCAGCUCAUGUACCGUUACUUGGACAGGAAAGGAUUUGCUUUUGCGACAUUGCGCACCAGCUGGAGUCUGUGCUCGGUUAACUGAUGAGAGUAUGAUCAGAGAAAGGAAGCGCCUCCCUACCUCCAGCUCCAAUAAAUAGGGGAAGAGAGAGAGAGAGAACUAUAAGCCUGCUGCUAGACACUGAGCGAGCGAGCUUGAGAUCGAUCUCAGGAGGCGGCCGGCGGCGGCAGCAGCAGCAGAGCUUGUUGGCGCCGCCAUGGCGAUAGGUGGCUUCGUGGAAGCCCCUGCCGGCGCCGACUACGGUGGCCGCGUGACGUCCUUCGUGGUGCUCUCCUGCAUCGUAGCCGGUAGCGGCGGCAUCCUCUUCGGCUACGACCUCGGCAUCUCAGGUGGGGUUACCUCCAUGGAGUCGUUCCUUAGAAAGUUCUUCCCGGACGUGUACCACCAGAUGAAAGGAGACAAGGACGUGAGCAACUACUGCCGCUUCGACAGCGAGCUUCUCACCGUCUUCACCUCCUCCCUCUACAUCGCCGGCCUCGUCGCCACGCUCUUCGCCUCCUCCGUCACCAGGAGGUUCGGCCGCCGCACCUCCAUACUUAUCGGAGGCACCGUCUUCGUCAUCGGCUCCGUCUUCGGCGGGGCAGCCGUCAACGUAUACAUGCUCCUACUCAACAGGAUACUCCUUGGAGUAGGCCUCGGAUUCACAAACCAGUCCAUCCCGCUGUACCUCUCAGAGAUGGCGCCACCGCAGUACCGUGGCGCCAUCAACAACGGCUUCGAGCUCUGCAUCAGCAUCGGCAUCCUCAUCGCCAACCUCAUCAACUACGGCGUGGAGAAGAUAGCAGGUGGAUGGGGCUGGAGGAUCUCUCUGUCCCUGGCCGCCGUGCCGGCCGCGUUCCUCACCGUCGGCGCCAUCUACCUGCCCGAGACGCCCAGCUUCAUCAUCCAACGCCGCGGCGGCAGCAACAACGUCGACGAGGCAAGGCUGCUCCUCCAGAGGCUGCGUGGCACCACCAGGGUCCAGAAAGAGCUCGACGAUCUCGUGUCCGCGACCAGGACGACCACCACAGGGCGUCCCUUCCGCACCAUACUGAGGCGCAAGUACAGGCCGCAGCUGGUCAUAGCUCUCCUCGUACCCUUCUUCAACCAGGUCACCGGCAUCAACGUCAUCAACUUCUACGCGCCGGUCAUGUUCCGGACCAUCGGGCUCAAGGAGAGCGCGUCCCUCAUGUCGGCCGUGGUCACGCGCGUCUGCGCCACGGCCGCCAACGUGGUGGCCAUGGUGGUCGUGGACAGGUUCGGCCGCCGGAAGCUCUUCCUGGUGGGCGGCGUGCAGAUGAUCCUGUCGCAGGCCAUGGUGGGAGCGGUGCUGGCCGCCAAGUUCCAGGAGCACGGAGGGAUGGAGAAGGAGUACGCGUACCUGGUGCUCGUCAUCAUGUGCGUCUUCGUCGCGGGCUUCGCCUGGUCCUGGGGCCCUCUCACCUACCUGGUGCCCACCGAGAUCUGCCCGCUGGAGAUCAGGUCGGCGGGGCAGAGCGUCGUCAUCGCCGUCAUCUUCUUCGUCACCUUCCUCAUCGGCCAGACCUUCCUGGCGAUGCUGUGCCACCUCAAGUUCGGCACCUUCUUCCUCUUCGGCGGCUGGGUGUGCGUCAUGACGCUCUUCGUGUAUUUCUUCCUGCCGGAGACCAAGCAGCUGCCCAUGGAGCAGAUGGAACAGGUCUGGAGGACCCACUGGUUUUGGAAAAGGAUUGUAGACGAAGAUGCAGCAGGGGAGCAACCGAGAGAGGAAGCAGCAGGAACCAUAGCUCUGUCGUCCACGUCCACCACAACAUAGUCAUCAUCAACAAUACUCAUGGCAUGGGCCUGCCCUGUAUAGAUAGAUAAUUAACUAGCUGCACCGCACAGAUUGUCUCCGACUAUAAGCUAGCUAGCUAGUUGGAUGCAUGCAUGCAUGCAUUCUGUUAUUUCUGUGACCAUGAAUCAAAGGGCCUUCCAACAGAACAGAAUAUGAGAUGAGAUGAAUCUUAUUUGUGA